UUGGAGGCGGAGAGGGAGAGGACGGUGGGGUUCAUUUGUUGCCAUAGUGAAAAAGUAGAUUACGCACCAACAGCAUGAUGCGCUGAUGGACGCGUGAGGGAUGCUGUGUUUCGCCAGGGACAUUCACCUGUCCUGCAACCAAAGGUUGCACUGCUGCACCUAUCUCAGCCCUUGCAGUGAUGGUACCACUCUGAAAUCCGAGGCGCAAGAACGACAAGUCAAAAGAAAGGAAUACAUUUUCAUCCACUCAUAAAAACUCCUCUGUGCCACAAGCUUCUGCCAUGGCCAUGAAAAAUGUUUCUCGGACAAGUAGUUUCCUGUGACGGCACAGCGCAAAAUAUGAGAUCCGCUUCCCCUAUGUUGCCUCAACAGGCCAAGAUGAUGCUUUGGCUGCUGCUAGUUCUCUCCAUUUGGGUUGGAUCUUAUCAAGCUGAAUCGGCCCAGUCCGAACGACGGGUUGUAACACACAUACCCGGUGACAUCAUCAUCGGAGCUUUGUUCUCCGUCCAUCAUCAGCCUCCUGCUGACAAGGUGCACGAGCGCAAGUGCGGUGCGGUGCGAGAGCAGUACGGCAUCCAGAGGGUCGAGGCCAUGAUGUACACGCUGGACCGCAUCAACACCGACCCCAACAUCCUCCCCAACAUCUCCCUGGGCUGCGAGAUCCGGGACUCCUGCUGGCACUCCGCCGUGGCUCUGGAACAGAGCAUCGAGUUCAUACGGGACUCGCUCGUCUCCUCUGACGAGGCCGAGGAGUGGGGGGGAGGAGGUCCCAUGGGAGGGGGAGGCGGAGGAGGGACGUCGGUGAAGUGCGCCGACCCCUCCGCCACUCCGAUGCGGGGGAAGAAGCCCAUCGUGGGUUUGAUUGGACCGGGGUCGAGCUCGGUGGCCAUCCAGGUCCAGAACCUUCUACAGCUGUUCAACAUACCACAGAUUGCCUACUCUGCCACCAGCAUGGACCUCAGUGACAAGAGCCUUUACAAGUACUUCAUGCGGGUGGUGCCUUCGGAUGCCCAGCAGGCAAGAGCUAUGGUGGACAUCGUCAAGAGAUACAACUGGAGCUACGUCUCUGCCAUACACACCGAAGGCAAUUAUGGUGAAAGUGGGAUGGAAGCAUUCAAGGAUAUGGCAGCCAAGGAGGGCAUCUGCAUCGCCCACUCUGGUAAAAUCUGGAGCAAUGCUGGAGAGCAGAGCUUCGACCGGCUGCUGGAGAGGCUGAGAGGCCACUUGCCCAAAGCCAGAGUGGUGGCCUGUUUCUGUGAAGGCAUGACCGUCCGUAACAUCCUCAUGGCCAUGAGACGCCAGGGACUGGUCGGAGAGUUCCUACUCAUCGGCAGUGACGGCUGGGCGGACCGGUACGAUGUAACAGAUGGCUACGUUAGAGAAGCGGCGGGUGGUAUCACCAUCAAGCUCCAGUCGGCUGAUGUGAAGUGGUUUGACGAGUACUACCUGAAACUUCGUCCUGAAAACAACCAGAGGAACCCCUGGUUUCCAGAGUUCUGGCAGCAUCGCUUCCAUUGUCGACUCAAAGGUCACCCGCAAGAGAGCUUCAAAUACAACCGCACCUGUAGUAAGCGAGAGUCGCUUCGGCAGCAGUACGCACAGGACACGAAGAUGGGCUUUGUCAUUAAUGCCAUCUACUCGAUGGCAUAUGGCUUGCAUAACAUGCAACGGGCGCUGUGCCCAGGCUAUCAGGGCCUGUGUGAUGCCAUGCGACCCAUAGAUGGUGCUACACUGCUGGACUUCUUGAUGAAAACAAACUUCACAGGCGUUUCCGGAGAGGGAAUCUUAUUCGACGCUAACGGAGACUCACCUGGCAGGUACGAAAUAAUGAACUUUAAAAAGAUGGGGAAGGACUAUUACGACUACAUAAACGUUGGCAGCUGGGACAACAGAGGCUUGAAGAUAGACGAUGACGAAAUCUGGCCUAACAGAGACGGCAUAAUCAAGUCAGUCUGCAGCGAACCCUGUGAUAAAGGACAGAUUAAGGUGAUCCGUAAAGGCGAGGUAAGCUGCUGCUGGACGUGCACUCCCUGCAAAGAAAAUGAGUUUGUGUUCGACGAAUACACCUGCCGAGCCUGUGAACUGGGCUCCUGGCCUACUUUUGACCUCACAGGCUGUGACCCGAUCCCAGUGGAAUACCUGCGGUGGGGAGACCCUGAACCCAUUGCUGCUGUGGUCUUUGCCUGCCUCGGUCUGAUGUUCACAUUCUUCGUCACUGCAGUCUUCAUCAGGUUCCGCGAUACCCCCGUUGUGAAAUCUUCCAGCAGAGAGCUCUGUUACAUAAUACUGGCGGGGAUCUGCCUGGGGUACCUGUGUACCUUCAGCCUCAUAACCAAACCCCACGUCGUCCACUGCUACCUCCAACGACUGGGAAUCGGCCUGUCGCCCGCCAUGAGCUACUCUGCGCUUGUCACCAAGACAAACCGCAUCGCCCGGAUCCUGGCAGGCAGCAAGAAGAAGAUCUGUACGAAGAAACCUCGCUUCAUGUCUGCCUGCGCUCAGCUUGUCAUUGCCUUCCUCCUCAUACUGCUGCAGCUGGGCAUCAUCGUGGCACUCUUCCUCAUGGAGGCGCCUGCGGUGAUUCAUGACUACCCCAGCAUCCGCCAGGUCAACCUCAUUUGCAACACCACUAACCUGGGUGUGGUUGCUCCAUUGGGAUACAAUGGCCUGCUCAUUCUCAGCUGCACCUUCUAUGCCUUUAAGACUCGCAAUGUCCCAGCUAAUUUCAACGAGGCUAAGUACAUUGCUUUUACCAUGUACACCACCUGUAUCAUCUGGCUGGCGUUUGUACCCAUCUACUUUGGCUCCAACUACAAAAUUAUCACCAUGUGCUUCAGUGUAAGCCUCAGCGCCACGGUGGCGCUGUGCUGCAUGUUCGUACCCAAGGUGUACAUCAUUCUCGCCAAACCAGAGCGUAAUGUGCGCAGUGCCUUCACCACGAGCACAGUGGUGCGCAUGCACGUGGGCGACGGCAAAUCGUCCUCCGCCGCCAGCCGCUCCUCCAGUCUGGUUAACCUGUGGAAGCGCAGAGGCUCUACCGGAGAGACACUCAGCUCCAACGGUAAAUCGGUGUCGUGGGCGCAGACUGAGCGCAGCGGCUCGCGUGGUAACCACCUGUGGCAGCGGCUGUCCUUCCACAUCAAGAAGAAGGAGAACAAUCAGACGGCGGUGAUCAAGCCCUUCUCCAAAACUUUGGAGGAGCGUUACUGUGGAGGGGGCAACCUGCCGCCACAUCUGCCUCUGCCCUCCCUGCCCUCCAUGUCCUCGCUGUCCCUCCACCCCGACGCUGGCCCGGACAAGACCCUGUACGAUCUCUCCGAGGCGGAGGAGCGCUACUCCAUCACGUACCAGCCGCAGACGCCCUCGCCAAUCAGCACGGUCAGCCAGCGGCUGGGGGCGGGUCUCGGGGGGGAGGAGUCCCCGACGCACGGCAUCCCGAACUACCCGGGCAGCGUCUGCAGCGGCGGCAGUGGCAGCGGCAGCGGCAUCAGCUGCGGCCCCGCCAGCAGCUGCGGCCCCGCCAGCAGCGGCUCCCUCGUCGUGGGGAGUGACGGCCGCCUGGUCGCCGCGGACGACCGCCCGGGACCGGCGCCGAGUUCGCUGAUGGACCAGAUCAGCUGCGUGGUGAACCGCUUCACCGCCAACAUCAGCGAGCUCAACAGCAUGAUGCUGUCGUCCUCUCCGACUCACAAGCACACGCCUCCCUCUCCGCACCCCGCCGACCCGUACCUGUUGCCCCGCGAAAUCCCGAUGGCCCCGACCCUGACGACCUACGCCGACGUCCAGCCCCUCCCACCCGUCGAGUCCGGCAUUGGGGGCCGGAGCGGCUGUCUCGUCCACCCCGUCCCUCAUUCGCCUUACCCCCUGCCGCCUCCUCACGGCCACGCCUCCCCGUCCUUCUCCCCCAUGCGGGGCGGGCUGAUGGCCUGCCUCGACAACUCCCCUCUGAGGAGGGGAGAGCUGGAGGAGGAGCUCUUUGCUUUGACUCCGCCGUCGCCUUUCCGCGACUCCCUGGCAUCAAGCAGCGGCUCACCUAUCUCGGAGACAGAUCUGUGUCUCCCCCCGGUCCCCUCCCAUCCUCCUCCCUCUCCCCCGUCGCCGAGGUACAGCAGACUGACACUCGGAAACUACAGCCAGAGUUCAUCCUCACUGUGAGGCGGAGAUGACGCGCAGAGAAGAUGCGGAUGUGGAGGCGAGCGCUCAGAAUCAAGGCGAUCAAUAUGAGGGAAGAGUUUGGGACGAUGGGACGGCCAAAUCCAUUCGUCCCGACGCGGAGUAAAAAGCUGGAGAAAAGGAGUCGUUGAGGGCUGGUCGGUGAAGACAUCGAGCUGUGACAGUCUGCUGUGUUUGUGUUUACAUGUUUGCAGUGAGAUACAAGUGUAAGAAACUUGCCCACGUUGUAUUAUCCUCGUGCAGUUUGGGGCGUGAAGAACUGCCAAAGGGGCCACUAAGACGUUGCGAUGUUUUGGUGUCUGUAAAGUCGCAAGUCAUUCUUAAAGGUCUAGAGCUACGUAUAAUUUAGGUAUGGGUAGUGGCCUUAAGGUAACAUGGCUAUCAACUAAUUAGAGAUUGUGUGUGUGUGUGUGUGUGUGUGUGUGUGUGUGUGUGUGUGUGUGUGUGUGUGUGUGUGUGUGUGUGUGUGUGUGUGUACGUGUGGUGAGUGCAUGUGUGUCUGAGUAGGUUUUUGCUUAGUUUUAGUUAAUGAGAUGUCUUGUAACAUGACAUUGAAGAGUAUUCAAGAGGCUUUCAAGGGCACACAUAUACAUAUAUAUAUGCUGAUAAACACACACACAAACAGAAGCAUAGGAGUGACAGGUGCACACACAGACAAAUAUAAUGUAAGGGAAACACUGUAAAUAUAAGAGAUUAUGGAUUUUUCUUUGGUGAAAGAUUCCGACAUUCUUCUGACUAAGUGCAUUGUGUUAACAUACCAGACUGUAUUUUACUCUGAAGAACUUUCUGACAAAGACAUCCGUCUGAAUUUAUUCAGCUCUACAAUCUUUUCCCUCUACGUCGCUUUCUUUUUUCUGUCAGUCCACUUUCUGUCGUUACUUUAUUUUAUCCUGCGAGUAUUUCAGUGUUUUCUACUCUUCCAUUUAGUUUUCUUCAGAUGUUUGAAUGUAUAUUUUCUACACGAUUCCUGAUGGAGUGGGGACCAAAACCUUUUGUACCUCUCUGUCCGUGACUCGAGAAGGAGGGAGACUGGGGACUAACAAGACCCGACCAUGUUUUUCCAUAAACAUCUUAGUCAUUCAAUCUGGUUCAGAUGGAUUAUUGGCGCAAAUCCAACCUUAAAGCGUAUUGUUAGUGUGCAAUAUCUGACAACGCCCAAUGUAAGGCUCAGCUGGACCCCAAUCAUGCCACCUUCUCUCUGCAAUGUGUUUCUGCCAUCAAAGACCCAUUGCUUUGAAUGGGACUAAUCCGCAUUACAAUCAUCCCUCAUGUCAGUGGACCCUGUUGCACAUUUAAAAAGACCCUUUUCAACGUCUCCACUCUUUUCAGACACAGAUGGCCAGAGCAAAAAGAGAAGUUCCUUCUGAACCCACGGACCAUGAGAGUGUUAUUGAUCGUCUCAGUCUCCGCAAUCAGUAGAUGGAACGGGAUGUCAUUCCACAUCACUUUGUCAAAACGAUAUUUAACAAUUGUAGUAGAAAAACAAAACAUAACUUGCAAAAGAAUUCUAAUUUGACUAUUUAAGAUGCCUUUUAAAUUGAAUACAUUGUAAUCGCAUGUGCCAAAAAAAUCAAAGGGAAAUGCCUUCGCUGAGAUGCUUUUAAGAAACGGGGGCCCGGUCCCUCUGCCCCUCAGCUUAGAAAACAACAAACAAGAGUCGAAAGCUGGCGACACACAACACAAACACUUUUUGACGUUUUGUACAAGGAAUGUUGUCUGCAGCAUAGACGUGGCUUAGUUUUCAUUUGAGAUAAUCGGACCGUUGGUAUUGCAACAAAAAUCAGCUCCAUUAAGUUUCGUGUGUUUUAGUCCGUCGUGGUCUCCACGUCCUCUGCCGACUGAUGCAGACGCAAAUCCACGGUCCGAUUUCUCCUCGUGAGUAUCUCUGCUCCACAGUAGCCAGCAAGAACAAACACAGACAAAGGGAUUCUGUAAAUAACAAGGGCAUGCAAAGACAGUUCUGUUGUGUUUCAGAUGAAAGUCGAUUUAUUUACAUAUCAAAGGUGAAAAAAAAAGAAAAAUAGAGAUGUUUUUGAACUAUGUUAUAACAUUAUACACUACCAAUAUGUGUUACGACUACAGAAACUGUGUUACUACUCUGAAUGUGGGAGUGACCAUUCCUAUUCAAAUGUCUUGUAAUUCUACAAUAUAAUGAUAAUUAGUAUUAAUAUGAUUACUGUGCCAAAGGGGAGGGGGGGUGUCUAGCUUAUAUCUUGUGGGUAAAUACGUGGUUUCAUGAAAAAGUUAAAAAAAAUGUAAAUCUGUUUCUAUUGUUUUGGAUAUUUUCUAUAUAAAUAUUCCAUAUUUUCCAGUGUUAAAGCAAUAUUACCCAUACGUACACACGGUGCACAUCUGAAACAAUGUUUUAGAUUGUAUUUUCUUUCUCAGCCUGCUGUAAUUUCUGGUGGACGAUUCAUCAAGGAAAAUUGCAGGAGGAUAAGUUGACAUUUUUCUUUAUGUAAAGAGGGACACAUUUAAUCCUUUCCAGUAACAAAGAAGGUGCAAUUCCAUAUUUCUGCGCUGUUAUUUUCUCAUUUUGGGCUUGUAGUUCCACUUCUCCCCCCCCCCCCCCCCCCCUUUUCUGGAAAAUAUUCCCCGGCUUAACUUUCAAUCAGAGUCCAAUCUACUUCUGAUAUAACUGCUUUGUGAGAUCGUUGAAGAGCUGUUUGUGCAAUUUAUUAUCUGAUACUUUUGGUUUUGGCGUUUAUUAAGAUGUGCGCCCUGCCGAUUAAGACACUAACCUGGUGAAAAAGCUUGCGGCGAGAGCCGUCCGUCAUUGUUGUUGACCCGUCUGUGCAUCAUUACCUCUACUUCUACUCAUCUUGAUUUAACAACGGAGGCGCUGACCUGUCUUCAGAAAACGAAAGCUGUGUUAUUGCUGAGAUGUUGUCGGGGAGCAGUUCUUGUGUUACAAACGCUCGCGUCAGCACUUGAGCGGCGCUUUCUCAGCCCCCCGGGUGAGGCUCCGCGGUCGUGUGCUACUACCUCUGCAGAAAAAGACAUCCUGUUGUCUUUAAGGCCUCAUUUCUGUGACAUCAUCGGCUCCUUUUAUAGUCACGCUGUCGUUAAAGCGGAUGUAAAUCUUGGUCGCACGUAAAAAAAUACAGCAGGUAUUUGUAUUUGCACGAUCCACACAAACUCAGAAAUAUUUAUCUGUCGUGUAGCAUUUCAGCAAAGUACAAUUUCAUCUCCUCUAUCAUUUGAAUCCAAUCUCUUUUAGCUGUCUGGGGAUUUUUACACCUGAACAUUUAAUAACGCUGCUCCACAUUUGACCCCGUAUUUUUCCGAGCAGAUCUCAGCAAAAUUACUAUUUUUUUUCCUAAUAUAUUUUUGCCAAAACAUCAUGACGAUGUGGAUGAGUAAAUUCUUGUGCUCGCCAGGAAGAUGAUCUCUUGAUGAUUUCUACCCAAAAUGCUUUUAUUUUCAUAAAUGCACUCUAAAGAAUUGGAUUGUUAAUCCCUGCCCUCAAAAAUACUUUUAAUCCAGACAUGCUCAUCAUGCUGGAAAAAGACACAAGGUCAUUUAUUUUAUACUUUGUGAAUAAAAAUAUAAAAACCAGUGCUGGUUUGGAGCCCGAUAUACAAAAUCACGUUUCGCUCCCCUGCUAAGCCUCCUUUUCAGCAGCACUUGGCUUCGAGGUGCGUUCUAAUUCAUUUUGGGAUGGCAGGAAUCUGAAAUCCGCGGGCACUGAUGAGACAGACCAAUGUGGCGGAGCUGUGUGCAAGCAGCCUCUCUUACUGCCCUGCCCAGCAAUUUGUCUGAUAUGGUCCAUGUUUACUGUGUAAACACCACAAAAACAUAUGGUUGGACAGGUUUACAGGGCCGGCUGGAAGGAGUUUGUUUUUUCAGUCAGUCGCUGUCAAGAGGCUCCCGCAUCAUUGUUCUAAAUAAGGCCCUGUGAUGAACGCCUUCACAAAUGGUUUCUUCCCCUUUGAGCAGCGUUAAUGAAAUGAGUAAAUCACAACAGUGUUGGCCCGAUGCACAGUGGGGGGGCUCGGUAUAUAAAUGCUUGUAUACUCUGAGGCUGAGAUGAGCCAGCCCAGCAGAAACUUUGUGCGCACAGAUGAAGAGAAAUCGAUGAGCAGUAUGGGUAGAAUCCCAACCAUACGCAUCCCUACGGGUAAAUGAUUCAUGAAAAAAAAGAGAUGAAAAAUAUUUUUUGAUGGGCAACACUGCCGCUGGUUUGAUGAAGGUCCUCCGGGCUCACAGCUACACGUCUUUAGAAAUCAUCAACGGUGUUUUUGUAAGUUGGUCCAAACGUUGCUGAUUUGAGUGUUGCUUUUUAUAACUGACUGAAGAGUGUUUUAAUACGCGGUUGUUUCCUUUGCCAAUAGAAGUGUAGAUCAUAGAUGGGGGAAGGAGAAGAAGCAGAUAAGAAAUUAGGUUCGUAUUAGGUCAGUAUUUUAUUGAUUAGAAGAAGUAAAAGAGGAGUUUGUGUAUUUAUUUGGCUUCUGUAUCAAGUGGAAUAACUUGUUUGAUUUAAUUGUGAAAUACAUUCAGUGAAACUAGUGUUUCUUUUGAAGAGAGAAUUAAACUGACCUGAGCUGUGAUUAUCACACCAUGUAUCACAGAGGUAUCCUUGCAGGGCAUUAUGGGUAAGCAAAGAAACGCCGAUGUGCAAGACUUCUUUGAACAGUCAAGGAACAUUGUUUUCUGCUUUUUUAUAUUUUUUAUGGAUCAUCUUGCGUUAGAAACAUAAAAUCCCCCAAUUAUGCCCUCUUGCUUUAAAUGCUGAUGAGAUUACAAUUGUCAGAGAUAUCAAUAAGGAGAUGAAUGUUAUAUAAUAGUAAUAUUUACAUGCUACUACUCACUUGUGUGUUUCUGGAGCAGACCUCGAAAAAACAAUGAAUUAUAACGCUGCGUUGUACUUCAAUCUUAUUACAACCCAGGUUCAUCAAUACCUUAAGCCCAGUUAAAAGGAAGUGGAAUUGGCUUAGUGAGUGUGUAGAAUCUAUUAUUUCUAAAUUAGAAUUUGAAAAUGACUGCUACUGAGAGGAAAACGAUGACACGUGUUUACUAGUUAUUUAUUUUAAAAUGUCCUUGUAGUCGGGCUUGAAAUCCGCAGUAGUAUAACAUCAGUAUCUCCACUCAGUGCCAACUUCCUCUCAUCUCCGUAUCAAGUGCUUUUUUUUUGGUGGGGGGGGGAUGAACACGAGUAAUUUAAAUAAUUUGGACACACAAACAAGACCUCUGUUGGAAAUCAAUUCAAAAUGUCUUUCUGAAGCUGUUGAAUAACGCCAACGUCUUGUAAAUGUAACAAAGAGCGUUAAUUCAUCAUCUUUUUAAGGACGCCUCGCUGUGUUUCUGCUCCCCCGCCGGCAUUAUGAGUAACUGUUAAUUAGCAUUACUGUUUUUUAUCGCUUUGUUAUUUUUUUGGUUUUGCUUUCUCUCUCAGAACGGUAGAAUGUAUUCUGAUGCUGUGUAUUUGUGUCAUAUUGGAAGGUGGUUUUAUAUUUGGAUAUUUUCACUCAGGCCUGUGAAAUGUGACAACAUACUGCAGAGGGUUUCAAAGUGGCUUUUUAGAGGGGGGGGUUAUAGACAACUAAGUCGUUCGGAUUUUAUGUUCUAUCUGUUUUUAAUAAGCUUUAGACUCAGAUCUCAUCAGAUACGCUAUUCUACGCCAGCGGUUUGGUGAUUUAGAUCCAACAUGGAUUCCACGCCGUCUUGUCGCUGACACGUGGGCCUCGUUCACAGGCCUUUUUUCCCCCGCGGGCUCCCAACAGACCCGGCACAGAGAACAACAAGCAGCUCUGGCCAAACUAAGAGUUCUUCUCAUCUUCCAAUUAAUGAAUGAAUCUCCCGGCUCCAGAGUGGCCCUCAGCGGUGCCCCGUGACGGCCCCUCUGCGGGCUGAUCUGUGGCCCACCGGGAACCAGGAAGCGGGCCGCGUUAACGAGACCCUCGCUGUGUUUUUAACGCCGCGCUGCUUUUGUUUAUCCGAGGACACUAGAAAUGAGGAGUAGGGAGGUUUUUUAAAAGGGCCCCGCAACGAGGAUUUGCAUGUGCGCGUCCCCUGCGGGUGUGAUGUAUCUUAUGUCCUUAGUUGUCCUCAAGCAAUAAGACAGCACAUGUAACAUUGUGCGGUUAAAGGGACAGCCAGAUUAGGUUCCAUAAAACUGUAAAAUGGCACAAUAGUCGGUACGACCUAUCCGUUAAACAUAUGUCUAUUCAACAUGUGGACAUUACAAAGCGGCCAUUGUAGAAGCAUUGAUGGGAUUUGAACCACCAGGUGUGCAGAAGGAGAAGAAGCGGCGAGCGGCAGCAGUUAGACGAGCAGACGGCUGCAGCUCGCCGCUCAUCCCCGCGAGCCGCUCGCUGAUGUGAAAGAAGAACACUCUGCUACCACCACAGCACUUUGGUGUUAACGGGUGGUUUUCUUUUGUUUUCUUAAAUGUCCCCGUGGUUUGACUCAGUCGAACGCCCACACGCUGAGCGCCAGAGAAGAGCGCGAGGAGUCGCCUUCUAGCGGAACGAAGGAGGCCGCGGGGGCCAAUCAUCAGCUCUAAACUCACUCGCUCUCCGUGAUGUCACGGGUCUCUUAAUGGGUUUUUCCCUGCGGGGAUGGAAGGUGACGGUCAGUGUGGCCGCCGUGUUGGGGGGGAAACUAAGAAGUGUUUUUGCUUUUUUAAUCAUGUUAUUGCCGUUAAAUCUUUGUGUAAAUGUACUACAAAGUACCUUUUGAAUCGUUAUGGAAAUCAUUAUUAAAAACAAUAACUGAG